GCACCUGAGCACUAUAUAGAGUGACUGAUAUAGAUCCCAUAGGGAGAAUACACAGUCUCUGCAACAUCCAAGGGGAAGAACGUAUCAAAAUAUGCUGGAUCUUAUUUGUUUUUUAUUUUUGUCCCUAAAAAUUUGAAGCUUGCAAUAAACCUCACCGUCGGCAUGAAGGGAUUAGAAAAAGCCUCCCUGGUCAGUGACAAAUCAGCAAAGAUGUAUUCGCUAACUAUCGACAGUGGGGAACAGAGAAACAAUAAUAAUGAGAAACAUCAAGAUGAAGAGUCCAUCAACCCACACCACUGUCACAACCAUAACACAAAGGCUUAUGAUGCCAGACAGAAAGAGCACAACAUAGCCAAAAAGAAGCUCUACAUUACAUCAGCCAUUUGCCUGGCAUUUAUUGUGGCUGAAAUUGCAGGUGGUUACAUUGCAGGAAGCUUGGCUGUUGUAGCUGAUGCUGCUCACCUUUUUGUGGAUCUUUCUAGUUUCUUGAUUAGUCUCUGCUCCCUGUGGUUGUCAUCAAAGCCAGCAACAAAACGACUUACCUAUGGCUGGUACAGAGCAGAAAUUGUUGGUGCCUUGCUAUCCAUGAUCACCAUAUGGGUAGUGACAGGAGUGCUAGUCUAUCUGGCUUGCGAGAGAAUCCUCCAUCCUGAUUACACCAUUGAUGGCGCUGUCAUGCUUAUCACAUCUGCCUGUGCAUUAGGCGCCAAUGUAGUCUUGGCUUUGGUCCUGCAUAAUACAGGACAUGGUCACAGUCACUCAGGAGGUCAGCAUCAACAUAUGGCACCUGAUUACAAGCUUCAAACUAAUGCCAGUAUACGUGCCGCCUUCAUCCAUGUCAUCGGAGACCUGUUUCAGAGCAUCAGUGUGCUCAUUAGCGCACUCAUCAUAUAUUUCAAGCCACAGUACAAGAUCGCCGACCCAAUUUGCACAUUUAUUUUUUCCAUUUUUGUGCUGGCCACAACAGUUGCCAUUCUACGAGACGUUCUACUUGUGUUAAUGGAAGGAGUCCCACGGGAGAUUAAUUAUAGUGCAAUAAAGCAGAGUAUUCUUGCAGUGAAAGGGAUUACAUCGGUACACAGCCUUCAUAUUAUGGCUUUAACAAUGAACCAAGUCAUCCUCUCAGUUCAUGUUGUCACAGAUAUCUGUGAAGAAUCUAUGAGAAUUGUAAAGGAUGUAACAAAGAACUUAUUUGACAACUUCCCCUUCCAUUCAGUCACCAUUCAAGUUGAACCAGCUGAAGAACAGAAUCCGGAGUGCAUAUUUUGCUAUGAACCAGGUGAAUGAACGUUGUCUUCUGUAAGCUCAACAGCUACGAUUCCAAUGUUCCAAGAAAACCGAUAUUUCUGCAUCACAGGAAAAUGAUUUAAGAUGAUUAGCAUGGACUCCUGCUAAGAGUGUUUAUCUGAUAACAUUAAGUAUUGGACCUACUAUUAGUAGUAGUUUUAUGUGGAUUUAGAUAUAGAUGAUCCAUUACAAAUAACCCAUGACUGGAAAUGAUCCAUUGCAAAUAGACUGGAGAUGAUCCACCACUAAUAAUGCUUGACUUUAGAUGUUCAAUUACAAAAAAAAAAAAAACGAUGACUGCGCAUGAUCCAAUACAAAUAACUAAUGACUGGAGAUAAUACAUUACAAACAAUCCAUGACUGGAGACAAUCCAUUAUAAAUAAUCCAUGACUGGAGAUGAUCCAUUACAAACAAAUCCCCAUGACUGGAAAUUAUCCAUCAAAAAACCUUUGACUGGAGAUGAUCCAUCAAAUAAUUCAUGACUGGAGAUGCUGAAUUGCAAAUAACCAAUGACUGGAGAUAAUCAUUUACAAAUAACCAAUGACUGGAGAUAAUCAUUUACAAAUAACCAAUGACUGGAGAUGAUCCAUAAAAAAACCAUGACUGGAGAUCAUUCAUCAAAUAACCCAUGACUGAAGAUGGUUCUUUACAAAUAACCCAUGACUGGAGAUGAUUCACUACAAAUAACUCAUUGUUAUAGGCAGUGAGUGUGCACCCACUGUGCCAACCAACUGGUUUGACUUUUGGGCUAGCCGUGAGGGUGUUAUCCAGGGUGUUUUCACCCUUCAACCUCUAUACUUGGAUCUGGUGCUCGCUGCAGGGGAGCCGCCAGGCCGCUAACACUUUUAAUAGCUCAUGUAUGGUUGGCUGCUGACCCAUAGGAAUUAGAGACAAUGGUGCCAAGCGCAGAGAGAUCAGGCAAUACACAGUUAGGAAACAGGCAGAGUUCAGGGCUGGCAGAGUUUGUGAGAAUUCUUGGAACAGUCCAAAUGUCAUAGCAGGCAGCUCAGGAUUAGUACGAUGAAAAUGCACAAGUCAGGUCAGGUGGCAGACAGUCAGAAACCAGGAAACAAGCAGAAGUUGGUAAACAGACAGAAAAACAGA